AAUUACUGGAUAGCCCUUGAAUGUCAAAAUGGCUAACGCAAACAGUGUUUAUAUACUGAUAUUACCGCGGAAUGUACAGUUCGAACGUUAAAAAAGUGUUUUUGUGUACAUUUUACAACAAUGUUGCACAACAGCGGUCCCUUUGGACCGAACGAAGUGCCAAUCAACAUGGGCGCGCCAGUAAACAUGACCCCGAUGAGUGGUACAAUGAACAUUAGCAAUAACAUAAAUAAUCUAUCUAAAAUGGGACAGCAAUCGACGGAAACGUCUAAUGCGCAUUAUCCUGUAUCAAGCUAUCCAACAUACGGGCAUCCACAUUUAAACAUGAACCCGACAAUGAGUCCGUUUCCAAAUUAUCCUCCGCUAGGCUUUCAGUCGAGUUAUCUGUCGCAAAGUUCAUCAGUUCACGAAACAAAUUGGCAGAAUGGUAUGUUGCCUAUAGGAUUGAACAUGCAAAGUGAUAACAGCACACUUAAUUAUUCCUCAACUUCAAUAAAACGACCUGACACUUUGAGUGAGUACAGGGAGCAUAAUAUACACAGCAAAAUGUUGCAUAUACCUCAGGUGCACACUAAAGCAUUCCAUAAACAUCUCAACAUGGAAAACAAUCAUUACAAUCAUUAUCAGCAUUACAGUCCUAAUGCAAGCACAUUGAGACAGUAUGCCGACUGUAAUCUCGAUUUAAGCACGAAAUCUAAAACGGAAAUUGACCCAAGACGAAAAAGCUUGGAGACAACUGUUAAACUAAUUGAAAACAUCCUUAUAAACAGUACCAAAAAGAAUGACACAGUACAACCUAAGGUAACAGAAGAUAUAUUUACAAAUACUAAAUCAUCAAGUCCUGUUCAGUCACCUUUACAUGAUGAUAUCCGUAAAACUCCUGAGAAAAAUGUAAUUGAGCAAAGCGCAAAAGUAAAUAAAGUGGAUACUAGACAAGAAGACAAUAUUUCAAGAUGCGAUGAAAGCACUUUGGACUCAUUGGUCGGUAGAGAGGAUGUACAGGAGUCUCAAGCCUCAACAAUUGAAGAACAAACAUCCUCAGAUUCAGACAGUGAACCACAACCUGAAGAUCUUACAUCCACAGCGACUAGCGCGGUUGAGAAGAAAGAUAGGACCAUAGACACUAGUGUGGAGGUUAAAGUGGAAGAAAAUGAGUGGACAGACACAGGACCAAGCCCAUUCGAAAAAGAUGUUCAUGGUCUACAAAGAGAAGAUGUGGGUAAUGACUAUAUAAUAGCAGGUGAUAGGAGUGUAGAACAGGCAACAGAAGUUAUAAAAAAUGGAAUAGAAGGAAAGAAACACUACGAAUGUCCGAAAUGCAGUCUAAUUUUUACACAUCCAAAAAGAUUCCUCAUUCACCACAAAUGGCAUUCAUUCGGUCUCAGCACAAUGAAGAAGUUGGACAUGGCAAGAGAGAAGGAGAUGAAGAAGACUUUAAGAAGAGAAGCAAGAGUUAUACAGAGGAUGAACAUGAAUGAGGUGACAGAUUUGAAUGCUGCGGGCAAGAAGUAUUCAUGUAAGGAUUGUGAUAAAGUGUUCAGUGCUAGAGGUAGCUUGAAGAACCAUAGACAAAGGUACCAUCCAACAAGGGUUCGGGACUGCAAGAUCUGUGGUAAAACAGUAUUGGGUUGGAUAGCGCUGCGGGCUCACUUGGCCACACACACAACAGACUCUGGUUACCAGUGUAGUGACUGUCCAAAACGAUUCAAGUAUUCACAUUCACUAGCUAAACAUAGAGACACCCAUUUGGAGAAAACCCACGCCUGUGAGCAAUGUCCGAAGAAGUUUGGGUCAGUGAAACUUCUCAAAAUGCAUAUGAAAACGCACGAAAGAGUACUCAAAGGGACAACUUUCCAUUGCACAUACUGUGGGAAGGGAUUCUUUGAGUCUUAUAGCUUACAGGUCCACGAGCGCACACACAGGAACGAGAGACCAUUCCUCUGUCAAAUCUGCAACACAAGCUUCGGAACCAACUCCAGCCUUAAGAGACAUUUGAAAGUGUCUCAUAACUCAGCGAAACCAUUCGAGUGUCCGACAUGCCAUCGGUCGUUUGUAUCAGCGUUGAUACGAGAACGACACGAGCAGCGCGUGCAUGGAGACCCUGACAGCUUCAAGUUCCCCUGCAACCAGUGCCCCUGCAGAUACUUGAAAGCGAAAGAUUUAAGAAAACAUAUGUAUAAAGCUCAUCCGAAAGGCAAACGGAAGAGGAAAAUGCACAGCGAUACAGAAUAAACCUUAGUGAUAACUGCAUAAGGUAUAGUUUGCUUUGAAAACAUUGAACACUACGGUUUUAGACCAUAUAAUUGUCCGUCAUAGUUAAUUUAAAAAAAAA